AAAUGUCGCAGUUUCAUUGACCUGGCGCCAGCAUCGGAGAAAGGGGUCCUGUGGCUGUCGGUGGUCUCCGAGGUGCUCUACAUCCUGCUGCUGGUGGUCGGCUUCAGCCUCAUGUGUCUCGAACUCUUCCACUCCAGCAACGUCAUCGACGGGCUCAAGCUCAACGCCUUCGCGGCCGUCUUCACGGUGCUCUCAGGCCUGCUGGGCAUGGUGGCCCACAUGAUGUACACACAGGUGUUCCAGGUCACCGUGAGCCUCGGCCCUGAGGACUGGCGGCCCCACUCCUGGGACUAUGGCUGGUCUUUCUGCCUGGCGUGGGGCUCCUUUACCUGCUGCAUGGCUGCCUCUGUCACCACACUCAACUCCUACACCAAGACGGUCAUUGAGUUCCGGCACAAGCGCAAGGUCUUUGAGCAGAGCUACCGGGAGGAGCCGACCUUCAUAGACCCUGAGGCCAUCAAGUACUUCCGGGAGAGGAUCGAGAAGGGGGAUGGGGAGGAGGAGGACCUUCGCCUGGAUUGUCGCCAUGAGAGAUACCCUGCCCGUCACCAGCCACACAUGGGCGACUCCUGGCCCCGGAGCUCCGCACAGCAGCCACACCAUUUGGCUGACUCCUGGCCCCGGAGCGCCGCACAGGAGGCGCCAGAGCUGAACCGCCAGUGCUGGGUCCUGGGGCACUGGGUGUGACGGAGGCCCGGCCUGGCCCGCAGAACUCAGGCCGGCGGCAGUGGUACCAGCCCCGGCCACCAAGCCACUGGUCCGAGGCCACCUGGCCUGUGUGCUGUGAACUGGGUGGAGAGGCACAGGCCUGGCCUGCCUGGCACUGCCUGGGUCUCAGGGCUCUGGAGACGGCCAGGGCAGCCGAGGGGAUGCAGAGGACACGGAAUGACUUUGGGACGAGGAACUCUUGCCACCACACAUGGCGUCGUGCUGGUGCAGCUGGGUGCUGGCAAGGCCCGACUCCAGCCGCCGGAAGCCUGGGCACCCACGGGCCAGCCAGGGGCUCGGGAGGUGCCCAGGUGCAGAGCCCUGGGGGCGCCAGGCGCUGCACUGGGGGUCACAAGUCAGCCGCACAGCA